UGUCCUUUUUUUGUUCAAGUCGUUGUUUUCAUUAUACCCACUCCGCUCAGUUCUGUUUUGUAGACUUGCGAGUCCGUCUGGGACGUUGCUCGUGAAGCUUUCUUUCAUUAAUCCAUCGAUCAAGUCGACGGUGUUCUGGUCGAACCAGUAUCAGUGUCACCAGUGUUCGUCCUGUUUGCUUUCUUUCGAUACCCCUCCACAACAGAGCAUAGAAAGUGCCUGGUAUACCUUCCAAGAUGCGGCCCAGCUUUUGCGUCCUCGCAUGCUUUGUAGCAAGUGCUCUUGCAGCUCCCACAUGGCUGGAUGAUAUAUACGACUACUCCCAAGAAAUGGCUUCAUUUCUCGGCGAGGUGAGCAAGGAGAUUGAGAAAGUCUCUCUUCGCGCCUCGACUUGUGACACAUCAAAGAUCGCGCUACCAGCAUACGCCUCGAGCUUCCCAUCUCCAUCUGGCUUGACGCCAGUUUAUGUUGCCGUCGGACGAGGCACUCAGAACUAUACCUGCGCAACAUCCUCUUCAAACUCAACGCCAGUAGCCAUUGGUGCCGUGGCACGCCUUUACAACGCAACUUGUAUUGCAGCCAACUACCCGACCCUGCUCGAGCAGCUGCCAGACCUAGCGUACAAUAUUCCCUUGCCUGGUGCUGAGGAGGACACCCUCCCUCCGGCGAACCUCGAACUUCUGGGCCAUCAUUACUUCCAAGGAACCUCGACUCCGAUUUUCAACCUCGAUACCACCUCCGAACACCAGAACGGCAUUGCGAUCACUAAGAAACAGGGUGCAAUCGAUGCUCCUUCCUAUGCCGUCAAAGGCGGCACCGGGGCUGUCCAAUGGCUCUAUCUCACCACGAUUGACGGCACCGUCGGCGAUUACAAGAGUGUCUAUCGAGUGACAACCGUCUCCGGAGCUGCUCCAGAGACAUGCAAGAACAUGCAGUCGACCUUUACUGUUCAAUAUGCUGCGCUGUACUAUUUCUACGGCGAAUCGUGAGGGCCUAUAAGGGGUGUGGUUUCAUGCCAUUUGCGU